AUGUCCAUCGCGUUUCGAGCGCGAACGUCGAGCGCGGUCGUCGGCGUCGCCUGCGCGCUGUGCGCGGCGUCGCACGUGCGAGUCGUCGACGCGCGGACGGCGCGGGACGUGUUCGGGACGGCGCGAGACGCCUCGACGUCGAGCGAGACGCCGGGCGAGCGCGGGGAGGCGAUCCUCGGCCGGGCGGCGCGAAGGGAGAUCGGGCGCGCGUGGAACGCGGCGAUCGACGGCGCGUUCGGGGCGGGCGUGAGAGCGCUGAGCGAGCGAAAGUUGUGA